AUGGAGCCUGAGGGAGAUCCCGGGUUUUGUCUCGGACAGCUAUGUGGCGGUCGUUCAACCCCACCGGACGACACAGACACAGACACAGCGCGCAUUAUGGAAGCGGACUCAGGUACGGGUACUAAGGACCAACCGGCCGCCCAGACGGAGAUGCAGGCGAGGUUGAAGGAGGGGAUAUGGCCGCCUGUGAGGGGUGCGAAUGGGAUUGGGUUAUAA